AUGGCAAGAAAUAAUAAGAGGAAAUUAAUUAGUCUUAUUGGAUCAGGAAAUAUUGGUGGAAUUAUGGGUUAUUUAACACAAUUAACGGAAUUAGCUGAUGUUAAUUUCUUUGAUAUUGUUCCAAAUAUUGGUGCUGGAAAAUCAUUGGAUAUAAUGCAUGCGAAUUCAAUACAAGGAAAAGCAUAUAAAUGUAAAGGAACGAAUAAUUAUGAAGAUAUUUCUGGAAGUGAUGUCUGCAUUGUUACUGCUGGGAAUAGUUAUGAGGAAAAUAAUAGUACCAAAAUUGCUGCUCCUGGAAAGGGAGCUAAUUUUACAGCCAUGAAGUGUACUAUGGGAAAGGGAGCUAAUUUUACAGCCAUGGAGUGUACUAUGGGAAAGGGAGCAAGGUUGGCAAAAGCACCUACAAAAUCAAAUGAAGAAUGGAAUCGUGAUGAUUUGGUAGGAUACAAUUCGAAGAUAAUAAGAGAUGUGGGAGAGAAUAUAAAGAAAUAUGCACCGGAAGCAUUUGUGAUUGUGAUUACAAACCCGAUGGACGUGAUGGUGCAUUUGAUGUUAAAGGUUACAGGAUUCCCAAAGAAUAUGGUGGUAGGUAUGGGAGGGUUAUUAGACUCCUCAAGAAUGAACUGUUACAUUGCGGAAAAAUUAGGAGUUAACCCUAAGUAUGUACAUGGAAGUGUAAUUGGAGCACAUGGUGACAGUAUGAUCCCAUUAGUGUCCCGUAGUACAGUUUAUGGAAUCCCAAUACUCCAAUUCGUAGAACAAGGAUACAUUACCAUGGAAGAUAUUAAGGAGAUUGAAGAAAGAACUGUUACAUCAGCAUUUGAAAUAUUGAAACUCUAUGGCAGUGGAUCAUCAUAUUUUGCACCAGCAACUGCGGCGAUAGAAAUGGCCUCAUCAUAUCUCAAUGAUAAAAAGUGUGUGUUCCCAUGCUCAUGUUAUCUUGAAGGACAGUAUGGACAUAGGGAUAUUUAUUGUGGAACACCAGCAGUCAUUGGAGCCAAUGGAGUGGAAAAGGUUUUCGAACUUAAACUCACACCAGAAGAACAAGACAAAUAUGAUGCUUCAAUCAAGGAAAUUAAACGUUUAGAAGCACUCAUUAAAUGA